AUGGACAUUCUGUUCGCCCAGAUCCAGUCGGAUCUGAGGUCGAACGAUGCCCUCCGGCAGGCAGGGGCGCUGCUGCAGGCCCUCCAGCAAUCAGCGGCAGGGCGCGAUGUGUCACCCCUCUCAAAGUGCGCGUGCGAUGAAAUCCUGGCCUCUCCUGCGUCUGCUGUCUGCAAGAAGCUGGCACUCGACCUCAUCCGCUCCACUCGCCUCCCUCCAGAUCACUGGGACACCGCGUGCCGUGGCCUUCUUUCAGACUUCUCGUUCCCUGACCCAGAGGUCACUGCCGCUGCCCUUCCCCUCCUCUGUUCGGUGCCGUCAUGGCGCCUCCCGCGCCUCCUUUCGGACUGUGCCAACCACAUCAUGGCGUCCUUGGACUCCCCUUCCCCAUCCCUUCGCAUGGCUGCCACUGAGACUUUGGGCUGCCUCCUUGCUCGUGAUGACCUCGUCGCCCUCUGCGCCAGCAACCCGAGCCUCCGUUCCAAGGCUGACUCGUGGUGGGACCAGAUCACGCGCAACGCCCUCAGCGCCUCUGACCCUGUCUCCAAGGUUGCCUUCGAAUCCUUGUCCCGCCUUUUUCGCGAGUUUGGGUCCAAGCGCAUGAGUCGCCUGGCUGGGGACAAGCUCGUUGACACUGAGGACUCCAUGGCCAUACGCUCUGCCUGGGUCGCCUCUGCUGUUGAGCUCCUCUGGAAGAAGCGCACUUUCUACAUGGCACGCUCCCUCCUGCUUCCCACUGAGGGGUUCAAGGCAUGUGUAUUCCCCCUCGUUUACGCUGCCAAGACCAUGGCUUCUGGUGCCAUCGACACAUUGAAGAAGCUGUCCUCGGUUAAGGGUCCUCCUGCCCCAACAGGGGAUCUCGGGGCGGAGAAGGUUGUUGGGGUGUCAGAUGUAGUGUCUCAUUUUGUGCCCUUCUUGGGGGGGUCGUUGGAUCCCGCACUCGUGUUUGAGGUUGGCAUCAAUUUGCUGUCACUGGCGGAUGUUCCUGGGGGUAAGCCUGAGUGGGCGUCUGCUUCCAUCACCGCAAUACUCACACUGUGGGAUAGACAGGAGUUCUCCUCUGCCAGGGAGAGCAUUGUGCGCGCUGUGGUUACCAAUCUACACCUGCUUGAUCUCCAUAUGCAGGUUUCAUUGUUUAAGAGGUUGCUUCUUAUGGUAAGGAAUUUGAGGGCAGAAUCUGAUCGUAUGCAUGCUCUUGCUUGUAUAUGCCGUACAGCUCUUUGUGUCGACCUUUUUGCUAAAGAAAGUGUGAGGAGAGGUCAAAAGCCCCUUCCUGGGACUGAUAUUGCUUCACUUUUUGAAGAUGCAAGAAUCAAGGAGGAUCUUAAUACUGUUUCUAGCAAAAGUUUAUUCAGGGAGGAGCUAGUGGCUUCUCUAGUAGAAAGUUGUUUUCAGCUCUCUCUUCCCCUUCCCCAACAAAGGGAUACUGGUACAGAGAGCAGAGUAAUUGGAGCGCUGGCUUAUGGAACAGGCUAUGGAGCAUUGAAUUGGACAGAGUCAGCUCUGGAGGUGGUGGAGGUUUGCAGACCGUGUGUCAAAUGGGACUGUGAAGGAAGGACGUAUGCCAUAGACUGUUACUUAAAGUUGCUGGUAAGGCUUUGCCAUAUUUAUGAUACUAGAGGGGGUGUUAAAAAGGUUAAAGACGGGGCUUCUCAGGAUCAAAUUCUGUAUGAAACAAGGUUGCAGUCUUUGCAAAGGCUGCUCGUUAAAGAUUUGCGAGAGGUGAACACACCACGAAUUUGUGCUCGUUUGGUAUGGUCCAUAUCAGAGCACCUUGAUCUAAAUGGUCUGGAUCCGCUGCUUGCCGAUGAUCCAGAGGACCCAUUGAACAUCAUCAUCACGAAUAUUCACAAGGUGUUAUUCAGCACGGAUUCUUCUUCAAUGGCCUCGAAUAGGCUUCAGGAUGUGCAAGCUGUGCUCUUAUGUGCACAACGUUUAGGGUCACGACAUCCUAGAGCGGUUCAACUCCUCACUAAGGAACUUGAGGAUUUUAGGAAUGGCGGACUAGCAGAUUCGGUAAAUAAGCACCAGUGUCGUCUUAUAUUGCAGAUAAUGAAGUACAUUACCAGUCAUCCCGAAAGCAGGUGGGCGGGGGUCGGUGAGACCAAAGGUGAUUAUCCAUUCAGCCAUCAUAAGCUUACAGUUCAGUACUCUGAAGCUUCUGCUGCUCAAGAUAGGAAGUUGGAAGGACUGGUUCACACGGCUAUUCAAGAGCUUUGGAGGCCGGAUCCCAGUGAAUUAACCCUCUUGUUGACAAAAGGCAUUGACUCAACUUUAUUGAAGAUGCCUCCAAGUGCAUGUACUUUGACUGGUAGCAGUGAUCCUUGCUAUGUUGAAGCUUACCACUUGGCCGAUUCUACAGAUGGAAGAAUUACGUUACACUUAAAGGUUUUAAAUAUGACCGAACUGGAACUUAAUAGGGUUGACAUACGGGUUGGGCUAUCAGGUGCUCUACAUUUCAUGGAUGGAUCCCCUCAAGCUGUACGGCAGUUGCAUCAUCUUGUUUCACAGGAUCCAGUUCUCUGCAGUGUAACAGUAAGUGUCUCCCAUUUCGAGAGAUGUGCUCUCUGGCUUCAGGUAUUGUUCUACCCAUUUCAUGGUAGUGGUGGGGCAGGAGACUAUGGAGAUGGUGACUAUGCAGAAGAUGAUUAUUCUCAAGUCAUGAGACAAAAACAGACUUUGAGACCGGAAAUGGGAGAACCGGUAGUUCUGAGAUGCCUGCCCUAUAAGAUUCCUCUGACUGAGCUUCUUUUGGCUCACAAGUGUUCACCUGUUGAAUAUUUUCGCCUAUGGCCAAGCUUACCAGCUAUUGUGGAGUAUUCAGGUGCAUAUACAUAUGAAGGGAGUGGGUUCAAGGCGACUGCUGCUCUUCAAAGUGGAGCACCACCAUUUCUCAGUGGACUAAAAUCACUAUCAUCUAAGCCAUUUCAUCAAGUUUGUUCUCAUAUUCUGAGAACUGUUGCAGGGUUUCAACUCUGUUAUGCUGCGAAGACUUGGUAUGGCAGUUUUGUGGGCAUGAUGAUCUUUGGAGCGAGUGAAGUGAGCAGAAAUGUUGACUUUGGGGAUGAAACAACUACAAUGAUGUGCAAGUUCAUUGUGCGAGCCUCAGAUGCUUCAAUCACAAAAGAGAUUGGAGCCGAUUUGCAAGGUUGGCUUGAUGAUUUAACUGAUGGAGGAGUGGAAUACAUGGCCGAGGAUGAAGUGAAAAUCGCAGCAGCUGAGAAAUUAAGGAUCUCAAUGGAACGAAUAGCUCUUCUUAAAGCUGCUAAACCAAAAUCCCAACCCCCAAAAGAUGAGGACAAGGAAGACCAUGAAGAAGAAGAAGAAGCCAAGGAGCCUUCAACUCUAUCUAAACUGACAGUCGAAGAGGCAGAGCACCGGGCUCUUCAGGCAGCAGUGCUGCAAGAGUGGCAUAUGUUGCGCAAAGAAAAGGCAACCAAAUGAACAGCUUAUUUGUUGUUCAAACAUCUCUCUUCCCUAUACCCAUCUCUCUCCCCCCUCUAUCUCUCCAAAUACGAUGUCAUAUAGAGUACAUGACUUUUAAUGCGGCGUGUCCUUAGCUUUUUGUGUAAGUAAAUGGGAUUGGCAUAAUUGGUACGACUUUCAAGUGAGGCGUGUUCUCAGUUUUUUGUAGGAUUGUGAUUGGUUAUUUUCUCUCACUUAGCUAGAGCAACUGGUGAUCUUUUCUUGGGUGCAAUUCGCCACGGGCUGUGUGGCAUAAACUUCUCGGCUCUUUGGAAUGAUAUUGAGAUAAUCAUUGAUUAUAUUAUUCUUGGGACUUUGAUAUUU